AGACAGAGGCGCAGUUCUGACUUGAGCCCACUAGAGGCCGACAUGGAGCUUGCGAGCCCUGGGAAUAAAUCAGGCUGGGCUCACUCGUUUGUCCUUCAGUGGUACACAACACACAAUUGGGAAUUGGAGACUUCGUAGGGAGAACACAACACUUGCUCCUAGCACGGUCUGAAUUCUAUGAAGCUUCUUUUAUUUUUUGGGGGCUGAUCAUUGGAUUUUUUUAUAUAUUUUUUGUAUGCCUUGGAUCCUAGCAAUUGCACUGCAAAUCCACUGGAUGCUGCUGAGGAUCAUCUUAGCCUGUAGAUUGGUCCAGCUUGAUACAAGAGGUUCAGACAGAGAGGCAUUAAAUGCUUGUUGAGGGAGAGAAAUCUCUAAACAGUCAUCAUCCCCUUUUGUCAAUAUGACAGUCAGCUGAGGACAUGGGAAAACACACAGAACAGGUGGACCAGGAGCAAAGCAACAGCAGCAGCAGCAGCAAGACAAGCAAGCAAACCUAACCUGGGCUUUACAAUUCUUCUUCUUCUUCUUCUCUGCCUUGAGUCCAUCAACUCCUAUUCAUCAUCAUCAGACCUGUGUGCGAGAUUACAAACAAAUAAAAAUAAACAAUCUAAUGCAUAAGGAAGCCUCACUCCCAACUACCCAGCAUAGUGACCUCCCAGCCAACAGAUGCCUACAAGAAUGGAGCUGCUGACAGGAGGCUUCAUCAUUCUUCUGCCUUUCCCACGGAGACCCAUGAUAGCGCAUGUCUCUCCUCAGUGACGCCGGACCUCGGAUCCCUCAUGAGGAGCUCUCCUCCGUCUACACAGUGAUGGCUCCCACCUACCCGCCUCCUCCGACCUCCGGCACCAUGAUCAGAUUGACUGUGGUGAAAUGAACGGGCGGCGGCGGCUCUUCUUGUGACGCUGCGAGGAAACAACAAAUAAAAACACAAAAACACUGACAUUCUUCUUGUUACGUUGGCGAUCGUUUUUUACCUGUUGAUAUCGGAUGGCGGCCCCCCUCGUGGAUUAAGGCAGUUUUUGGCGGGCGCUCCCGUCUUCUUCUCGCACACACGAUACCUUCAGGUGGUUUUGGACGGCAGCCACCGCCGCUACUUUUUUUUUUGUUUGUUUUCUUUGAUUAACCCUUACCAACCAGGAUGGUUAUUACAAUAUGAGGUGAAAAGUCCACCGUUGACUAACCUAGGGAUUUAUUUUACCUCCUCCCCCAAGCUGAAAACUUUGGAUGAAUGGCAUGGCUGGGGCCCCUGUGAAGCCUCCAGGGCCCAAAACUUGUCACCUCAGCUACUAGUUACAAACAGCAACAGCUUCUCCCUCAUCCCCCAGGCGCGCUCCCGCGCACACACGCUCUAAAGAGGGAUGGAGGUUGCCAUGGUGAGCGCGGAAAGCUCCGGCUGCAGCAGCCACCUGCCGUACGGCUACGCGCAGGCUCGCGCCCGCGAGCGGGAGCGACUGGCCCACUCGCGCGCGGUGGCCGCUCAACAGCAGCAGGAGGGCGGGAACUCAGGGGGCGUGCCCGCUUCCUCGGGCCAAGGGAACAGCGUCGGGGGCGCGGGCAGCUCGAAGCGCGCGCCGCUGUCUCCUCAGUCGGAGCUGCCGCUUCAGAAGAAGAAAGUCGGAGGAGCCGGGCAGCAACAGCAGCACCACCGGCGCGCCAAGUCUUACUGGCCCCUGAGCGGCUGCAACAGGUGGAGGAGCCGGCACCAGUCAGCGGGCAACGAAUGCGGCGAAGGCGGAGAAGGAGACGGAGGCACGUUCCCCUCGGAGCUGGCUCCGUGCGGCUCUGAGGAGAUGAUGCUGAGGGAAGAAGAAGAGGAGGAAGAAGAAGAAGAAGAAGAGGAGGAGGAGGUGGGGGGCAAAAAGUUCUACCUGUGUGAUGAGGAGCAGCGGAGUGGGCAGAGGAGCCCGGCAGGCGGUGGGUACCACCCGGUGUACAGCGAAUUCGAGUGCUGCGAGCGGGUGGUCAUCAACGUGUCCGGGCUCCGCUUCGAGACCCAGCUGAAGACCCUGUCCCAGUUCCCCGAGACCCUGCUGGGCGACGCAGAGAAACGCAUGAGGUACUUCGACCCGCUCCGCAACGAGUACUUCUUCGACCGCAACCGGCCCAGCUUCGACGCCAUCCUCUACUACUACCAGUCCGGGGGGAGGCUGAAGCGGCCGGUCAACGUGCCCUUCGACAUCUUCUCGGAGGAGGUGAAGUUCUACGAGUUGGGCGAUGAGGCUCUGCUCAAGUACCGGGAGGACGAGGGCUUCGUCAAGGAGGAGGAGAAGGCGCUUCCGGACAACGAGUUUAAGCGCCAGGUGUGGCUGCUCUUCGAGUACCCGGAGAGCUCCGGGCCGGCCCGGGGCAUCGCCAUCGUAUCCGUGCUCGUCAUCCUCAUCUCCAUCGUCAUCUUCUGCCUGGAGACCCUGCCCGAGUUUAGGGACGACAAGGACAACCUGCUGCCCCUGGAGGAGGAUGGGGUUGGAGGGUUCGAUGGGGGGGACGGUCACCACUACCACAACAGGAGUAUAGGGGCCCCCGAGAAUAAGCAAACCGCCUUCAACGACCCCUUCUUCAUUGUGGAGACGGUGUGCAUCGUCUGGUUCUCUUUUGAGUUCGCAGUGCGGCUCUUCGCUUGCCCCAGCAAGCCGGGCUUCUUCAGGAACAUUAUGAACAUCAUUGACAUCGUCUCCAUCCUGCCUUAUUUUAUCACCCUGGGCACCGAGCUGGGCAACCAGCAGCCGCCUGCCCAGAACGAACCACAGCCACAACCGGGGCAGCAGCAGCAGGCCAUGUCCUUUGCCAUCUUGAGGAUCAUCCGCCUGGUCAGGGUCUUCCGCAUCUUCAAGCUUUCCAGGCACUCCAAGGGCUUGCAGAUUUUGGGGCACACCCUGCGGGCCAGCAUGAGGGAACUGGGGCUCCUGAUCUUCUUCCUCUUCAUCGGGGUCAUCCUGUUCUCCAGUGCCGUGUACUUUGCCGAGGCGGAUGAGCCCACCACGCACUUCCACAGCAUCCCCGACGCCUUCUGGUGGGCCGUGGUGACCAUGACCACGGUGGGCUACGGGGACAUGAAGCCCAUCACUGUGGGGGGCAAGAUUGUGGGGUCGCUGUGUGCCAUAGCGGGGGUUUUGACGAUUGCGCUCCCUGUGCCUGUGAUAGUCUCCAACUUUAACUAUUUCUACCACAGGGAAACGGAGAACGAUGAGCAGACGCAGGUGACUUCCAAUGGCUCCAGCUGCCCCUACUUGCCCACCAAUCUCCUCAAAAAGUUAAAGAGUUCCACCUCUUCCUCUCUGCAGGACAAGUCGGAUUAUCUAGAGAUGGAGGAAGGGCUCAAAGAGUCUUUAUGUGUCAGAGACAAGUCUAGCCAGAGCACGGGGAAUGGCAACGAGACCAUUAAGUAUAACUGUGUGAAUUUAAAGACUCUGGAAACUGAUGUGUGAGAUGUGUUUUUUUUUUCUGGAACUUUUAAAAAGUUUAUGCAUUGAUGAGUGCAGUGAUCUAAAACCGAAAUAUGCAAAUCUAAUCAGAAAAAAACAAACAAAAGAAUAGGUUUCUGAUUAGAUAUGAAAUAUAGUGGCUUCCUCUUGUAAGAACAUCCAACCUAGGGACCAGACGCAAACAGAAUGAUUAUUCUCAUACAGGAAUUCUAGUGCCUGUUCUUUGGCUUUGUUUUUUAAAGCAACCCACAUAAAACGCGUGCGUUAAGUGUACACGCAGCGUUGUAAAGCCUUUUAUAUAUAUAUAUAUAAAAAAAUAUAAAAAAUACAAUACAGAGCGAAUCUUUAUGCCUUGGAACUGCGGGGCAUUUUUAUUCUUUUAAGAGAAAGAGAGAGAAAACUAUGAAUAUCUUUAUUUUUGUGUGUGACUGCUGUGGAUUACAGGUGCCCAGUCAACUUUAAGGUUUACUAUUUUUUUUUUGGUCUGUCCAGAUACUGUGUAUUAUUUUUCUAUUUUUUUUUUAGCUCUCAAAUUUCUAUAUGACAAGGAUUUUAGCCUAUGGUGUAUUUCAGGGUGGAUCACUGUAACUUCAGUUGUGGUAUAAACGCUAUCUCCGGUAGUGGUCCUACCAUAACAUAACUGAAUGUUCUUAGAAGAGGAAUUUACCAACUGUGUAAACUAAAUUCUUAUAUGUGGA